CCAACCGAAAGUGGAUGGUGGAGACGCGGUUAUAGAGCGAAUUGAAGUGCGCUUCUGUGUCAAACUGUGUCGAAGCGUGCACAGGGUGAUUGCACGCUGGACGCCAUAUUGAGAGGUAACGAGUGUUGACCGAAUGUACGGCCUGGGUGUUUACGCGGUUCCGGGUAGAAGCUGUGAUAACUACAAAUCGAUCCCGUAGCCGUUGCCUGGAGUGCGAACGGUGCUCCAUCGACGAGCGUGCUAUUCGACGCGUACUGCCGAUAUGAGCGGCUGCGACGGCGAAGACGAACCUUUGGUACUCGCGAUAGCUGACGACGGUUCGUCAAUAACACUGGUGAAACGGUGCGACGACGACGGCCGCGACGUCGUUGACACCGGCGUCGUCGCCAGCCGUGACGAUUUCGCACGAACGCGCCAAGACGCUGACGCUUCGAGCAACCACGAGAACGGGGACGCACGCGUGUUCCCUCUUGCCAUGGACGUAAUUUCCACCGGGCAUGAGACGACUAAGGAUCGAUUGAUGGAAGGCAUGAGAGAUGCUAAUAUAGAUCGCCGUCUCACGGAAGGCAGAAGAGAGGCUAAUGUAGAUCAGUAUGGCUCACCUCGAGUAAGCAGAGUCUCGACCAAUUUGUUUUCUUCUGUAGCAGCUGCUGAUAGUUCGUCACGCCACGGAAAAGAGUCUUGUUCUUGUGAUAAUUACAAAAAUAAACGAGACAUGUUCAGAGAGGAACUGCAGAAAGCUAUGAAGUUCCAGAACUUGUGGACAGAACUACGGCAGUAUAUACGUGCCGCUUUUAACAUUGCUCUGGAAAUAGCUCAUGCAGCCGACUCUUCGCAGUCUCCACAUAGCAGAUUAUCUUCGACUGACAUGCAAGAUACCGUUAUUCAAUUAUGUAAAAGAGAUCCUCAUCAGCUUUUCAUGAGAUUAGUAAGCCAAGCGCAAGAGUUUGUGGUAGAAGUAAAAGUUCGUUUAUUCGCUCUUUUAAACGAUCUUAGCGUAAAUAAUUUAGCUGAAAUUUUUCUUACCGGUCUCUUGGAUGACUAUGACGCUCUCGUAUCGACAGCGAAUCUCAUUUCUGAAUUAGUAAAUCCAUUAAAAGAAUACCUCUUUAAGUUUAAUCUGACAUGGGACUGUUUCAUCAAAAAGCUAUAUCAGAUUUAUGUGUACAACGAUGCGUUGGUACAAAACAAUUUACCUACCUUCAUCGGCCAGCUGAGGAAACUUCUACCAUUAAAAGGCUCGGAAUACCACGGUCUUGUUCAUAGAUAUUUAUCUUUUGACGAUGAGAUGACGAGAAUUGGUAAUUUAUGGCCCGAAACAGAACCAUGGAUGGAUAAAUACAAUGCAGAACAAGCCAUUCGUGUGAAAAGACUUAAGCAAGUUAGGGAAGCCUGGGAAUUGUUCACAGAAACACAUAAGCUGGUAGAACAAAGCAUAUUGAACAAGACGUCUGAUAUCAGAAAUGAAAUGCAAGAGAUUCACGGACAGUUUUCGUCGCUUAUUGCGCAUACAUCUGGAAGCGACAGCCAACCUUCAAGUCCAAUGAUAGACUUCAGUUCGGAUUCCAUGCCAUCCACUAUAGAGAUAGUUGAAAUGUUGUUAGAUGAUUGGAAUCAGGCCCAGCAUCAAAAAUUAGCCGACAUAGCUGGGGCACUGACUGCAACUGAAGUAGACGUCAGCGGACAAGACGAUUCCAACUGUUACGAUUACGCGCGUGCAACAUGCCAGUUAGCACAAUAUGCCAUUAGAUCAGUCAGGACUAACAGUGAUGAUUCCAGUGACAUAGAAAACGACAAAGGAUGCGAGUGUCACACGUGUAACGAAACAGAAGUAGACCGUACGAGUACACAAAGUAAAGUUGAAAAUGCCGAGAGAAACUAUGUACGUUCUCUUCCAUCCAUUAGCAAUGGAUAUCUGGAGGAACCCACGAAUUGUACAGCGACAAAACUUAAGAAGAAACUAGAGGUUUUGAUUGAUAUAGAUAAAAAGAAGAAAGAUACCGGCACGCGUGACACUUCGCGUAAGAACGUUAACUCAAAAACAUCCGAACAAGAGCCUUGUUUGUGUGUUUAUCAACAUGCCCGAGAAAUAGCAGAAAGGAAGAGGGAAGUUCUUGAAAAACCGCCUUGUCCCUGUUUGCUGAAUUCGAGACACAAGUGGGAAACGUGUCCUUGCUUGACUAAAGCUGUAGUCGGUUCUGUUGUAACGAAUGGUCGACCCAAAGCAACGUCGCCGAUUUCUGUCGUGAAGGCCAAUUCAGAGCCGAGUCAGAAACCUGCCGUAAAGACUGGUUCUAUGCAAUCCGCCCAGCCCCAAACGAGGCAUUCUACCACGCAAACGCCGAAUACAACUCACAGUCAUAAUAUGCAGGGUAAUACUCAUUCUCAUACCCACGGACCGCUAUCGGAUAUAGCGAAAAACACAGCCCCGUCUCAUCCCAGACUUCACCAGCUUAAUCAUACACCGCAUGCGUGCCACAAGCAAGCCAAUGUUGAGCACAUCAAGAGAGUGUCGUGUAAUGAUUUGAGCUCCGGAGACGGUGAGUGUUCGGAUUCGAUAAGCAGUCGGGGAGACUCUUGUUCCAGCAGUAGCUCCGCGCAGAGGGACACAAACGCGAGGCAUUGCGAUUGUUGCUACUGUGAAGUCUUCGGCCACGGGAUGACGUCCGUUGCGCCGGUAAGUCGAACCUACAAAGAAACGCGGGAACGAUUGCGACAACUUCUGACGAAGAAGAAAGCAAAAAAAUGUAAAGCCGGCUGCAGCCCGCCAAAGAGCCCAUCGGAGUCGUUGACUCCUAAAACCAACUCCGAAUUUAAGCCUGUGACGAUUGUCCGGACGAACACUCCGACUUUGUUGUCGUCCUCAGUUCACGAUCAACAAGAUCAGCGGGAUUUGGAGGAGUUGUUGGAGUUCAUCGAAGGCAAUCAAAGCGGGAAAAAAGAGAACAAUAAGAAGGCCGAAAAGAAAGCGAGGCAGAAGCAACGAAAGCUUGAAGAAAAGUUAAAGAAGGAUCGACAAGAGGCGGAGAGACAAAAGUUGAUAGAACUGCAAAAAAAGACACCAGAGGUAACGAUCACUGUAGUCGAUCCUCAAAAACCCGUACCUCAAAGACUAUUACCUCAAUGUAAUUUACCGGAAGUUUAUUUGCCGACGUCGCCAUCAGUUUCUCUACCCACGAUAAAACAGUUGAACAAUAGGAAAAAAGAUAAGCAAGAAGUUUGUAGCAAUAGUCAUAGCAAUAGUCAUAGUAUUACUAAUUUGAAUAACAAAGCGAAAGCGGUAUCAGCGAAUUUAAAUGCGAAGAACAAGAGUAUUAAUAGCGGAAAAUGCGAGGUACGAAGUACGAGUUCUAACCAAGGAUACAAGAGUAACGUGAAGAGCGAUAAAGUUGAAAGCAAUAAAGGCAACAAGCUACCAGCAAGUAUUAAUACUGCGUGUACAAAAAAUAGUUCAAAUAAUAAUGUGGAUAAAUUAUCUGACGUCGACUUACUAGACAAGAAAUUGACGAAGAAGGAAAGGAAAAAACUGAAGAAGGAAAUGAAGAAAUUGGAAGAAGCGAAGGCAAAGGAGAGCGAAAAUACGGCACAAACAGAAUCUCAACCGCAAAUAGUCACUAUUAGGAGGGAGAUAAAUUCAAAUAGCGCCGAACCUACGGUCACGAUCACUCUGAAAGGCCAGACUCCGGCUGAGGAUAAAGUUUUAUUCACACUAGUGAACGGACAGACUAAAGAACCACCCCACAAGUCGGAGCAGGAACAAAAUCAGAGCAACAGUGGAAAGAAGAAGAAAGGCAAAGCAAAUAACAACAAUAAUACUUUACAACAGGGAAACAAGUUACAGCAGUCGAAUAAUUCGAAGCAACAGACUUCGCAAACUUCGUCCAAAGCUUGCAACGAUGGUAAAAACUCGAAGCAGCAUGCGAAUAACGAGAAGUCAAAAACCGGCAAACAGGUGGACGAGAAAAAAGUUCAACAGCAGAAUGUCAAUGAGACGAAAAAUUCCAAAUCGAAGAAAGACAAGAGAAAUACAGAAAAUAAGGAAAAUGUGCUGCAACAGCAGAAUACGAUGAACAAGAACAAGAAUCAACAAAAUGCUACCAACAACAAGAAACAGAACAAAGCAAGUACUCCUCCUCAAACACCUGUUUCGCAGAAACAACAGCAGAAUCAGAAUAUUGCGAACGACUCUGCGACUAGCAAAAAGGCAAAGAAGCAGCAGCAACAGCAGCAGCAACAGCAGCAGCAGCAGCAGCAGCUGCAUCAACAACACCAGCAAGAUAAAAAUGUACAAUCAAAUGCCAAUAAAAGCAAUAAAAAUAUUAAUAUUAGCAACGCCAAUAAUAAGAACGUGUCGAAUAAAAGUGAGCCUCAAAAGAACGCGAAUAAGAUGAAUCAAAUUACUAUGAGCAAGCAACGUGCGCCUACGGAGGUUCAAAAUGCAUGUACUGAGCGGGUUAGCUCGCCCUCGCUCAGUAGCCAGUUCAAAGACAUCGGUCCGAAUUCCAAGAUCAACAUCGAAAAUCUGAAGUUACCACCGGGCAUCACGAUUACGAAGGUCGACGCGCCACCGAAGCCGAUACCGAUCAAAACGGCUCCCUUGCCGAAACCAGUGAAUCCGCCCAAACAAACUACUAUUAUCGCCGCGCCGAUGAGUGGCGUUCAGUCGAGCUAUGCAAAUCCGCAGGCCGGUGGGAAUGUCAUCGUAGUGGACACGGGCAAGCUCAAGCAAGAUCUGCUACCAAAACCCAAUGAAAAAGAUUCGUCAAAGGAUCAACCUCAGAGCACCACUGGCAGCAAAAAAAAGAAGAAGAAGAAUAAAAACUCGGCCAAUUCAGGCAAUGCGGCGUCUACGUCGCCGGUGCAGAACAGCGACACGUUCGCGAGCGAGCACACGAUGGACGAGCCCGCGAGGAUACUGCACAAUCCUGGAACGAAUAUGGUGACUAUCAGGAAUCCGUCAUUCGGGCCGAUGAAAGUGCCGCCGACGCAACAGGCAGCUAUCAUCAAGGUGUCAGACAACGGUAUGGUAACGAUUCGCAGUCCGGCUCUGCAGCAGGCGAUCAAUGCGGGCCUGACGUCACCGCCCAAGCCCGAUUACAUCGUCAAGGGUGACCUAUUGUCAUCAUCGGCAAACAAGACGUCGACAGCAACGGCCGAUUGUGGCACAUUGAACGUGAAACACGCGAAUGGUAUUAUAUCGUCGAGUCUGGCAGAAUUGCGCAGCCGGUUGACCGGACAGUCGGACUGCGCGUCGUCCUUGUCAGGCCUCGCAAACAUUCAGAUCAGCAAGGUGACAAAUGGCCAGCCGAUACCGGAGAACGGUAUCAAUCUCAAAGGCACCAGCGUCACUCUGACGAAGGUUAGGCCUGAGGCAACGAGCAUGGAGGAUCCGCGUCAGGUGAAGAGCGCCGCGGCGAAGGAAACGACGAUAAGCGUCGCCUCGAUUACGGCGGCCAACGGCAGCGGCGGCGGCGGCAGCGGCGGCGGCGGCGGCGGUGGCAAGAGCAAGAAGAAAAAGAAACGCGGAAACGGUUCAAAGCAGAGCGGAGAUGACUGGAACCUCGUUGAUAGCGUAUUCAGACCAAAAGAUAUAGAAGACCUUGAGAACGGAGAGAUGGACGAGGGCGAUCGCGAGGUGGAGGCCUUCAAGAGAUUCUGCUUACAAUCGGUGCCGGUGCCGAACAAGGAGAAGGUCAAUCUCAAUAUCAAGGACAUCGUGUUGAAGAAAAAAUCGUCGUCCUCGUCGUCAUCCUCGUCGUCGUCGACGGCAGCUACUGCUGCUGCCACUGUGAUAGCGGCCAAUUGAUUUGUCGAAUAAUCCCCGCGUUCAUUAUUCGCGUACAAUACACGAUUACUGCCAUUGCAUGAUGGUUCGAUGCACGCGGUGUCCGGACGCGAUCACACGAUUUACGAUUCGCGUCCUCGUCGACGUUGCGCCGCGUUUUUAAAAGAAAGACGAAUGUAUAAUGCCUUGUAGAAGAGUGUGACCGUUAGUGAUUCUUUAACGAGGAAACGGAGCGGAGGGACGACUCGUUGGACGAUUAGACGACGUCGCUGUAUAUGUGUAUCGUUAAAUAUAAAUCAGGGAACGAAUUCCUUGCGCUGGAUUCGUCGCUUCAAAAGCGUCGUUCUGAGAUGAGAUCAACGGCAUUUGUAAAAAAUUCGGCCUUGCCGACACUUUAUAAAUAAAUGCAAUUGUAAAGAUUAACAUAAAAAUGUGAAAAUGUCACGAGAAGCCGCACAGAAGCGUCUGUGAUUCCAAGAGCUUCAUAUUGAAAAAUUGGCGAGUUUUACGCCCACUUCACACAAUGACACAGACACCUGCACACAUACAUACACACACACACACACACCCUCACUCAUACUCACCAUACAUGUGCGUGAUCAUGAAGAUAGAUGUACACAUUGUCUCUAUUUUCUUUCUUUCCUUUUUUUCAAUAAAAGUAGAUGCGUAUUUCUAUCUACUUAGAGCGUCUAUAUCACCUCUAU